UGAUUGUCGAAUCAGCUGGAGAACUCCAUGCGCGCUCCCCUCCUCCCAGUCAAACUCCGCCGCGCACCGGCGACCCGCCCGUCAUCCAUGUUGUCAAUGUGAUCAAGCUGUCAGCAACCGGUCCGGUUUAUUAAACUACACAUUACUCUCGGAAUUACACAAUUCUACCAUUACGAGAAGGCUACAUAACGCCAGGGAGACCUUGUCGGGGCUAUUUAGAUUUUUUACUGCGGACAGAAAAUAAGAUAAAGUUGAUGAGAGAUGACUGCGAGCCGGCCGGCUGAGUAGAGGAACGGGAGCCGCCCCCUCUGCCACCUGCAGCCAUGAAUGGUGACCUCAGUGUGUGGGCUAUCUCUCCAGAAGAGAGGAACAAACAUGAUAAACAGUUUGACACCCUCUCUCCGUCUCCAGGUGACCUCAGUGUGUGGGCUAUCUCUCCAGAAGAGAGGAAGAAACAUGAUAAACAGUUUGACACCCUCUCUCCCACCAUGGGCUACAUCUCAGGGGAGCGGGCCAGGAAGUUCUUCUUGCAGUCGGGUCUUCCCUCCUCGGUUCUUGCAGAGAUAUGGGCGCUGGCUGACAUGGGUAAGGAUGGGAAGAUGGACAGGUUGGAGUUCUCCAUCUCCAUGAAGCUCAUUAAGCUCAAACUGCAGGGCACGCCCCUUCUCCCAACUUUACCAAUCAUCAUGAAGCAACCGCCAGUGCCCGCCCUUAACCCCUCCUCUACGGACGCCAUGUCCGCCUCGCGCCACGGAAUGGGUUCCGUGCCAAACCUUUCUAUGAUGCCUGGAGGCAUCGCCAUGCUCACCCCUAACCUCUCAUCCAUGACACCUAUUAGCGGCCUCACCCCCAUGAUCCCAACAGCUACAGGCAUGGCCCCCCUGGUUUCCACGUCAACGAUGCCCAUUCCCUUGCUGCCGUCCAUUGGCAGCCCCGCUUUGCCCAACGGCACUAUGAGUAUUCUACAGCAAUUCCCACCAGGGUACAUGGGGACAGGCAUGUCUCUCUCUGCACCGUACGUAUCCUCUCCUCUGGGUCCCUCUGCACCGUACGUAUCCUCUCAUCUGGGUCCCUCUGCACCCUCCAACUCGUCCUCUACCACCUCCCUGGCAGGUAGUUCUCCGAAGACCGCUCCCUCUGACUGGGCCGUGCCUCACGCCUCGCGUCUCAAAUACAGACAGCAGUUUAACAGCCUGGACAAGCACAUGACGGGAUACCUCACAGGUCCGCAAGUGAGGAAUGCCAUGGCAACCACUCUGCUCACUCAUACACAGCUGGCCACCAUCUGGUCCCUGGCUGAUGUAGAUAAGGAUGGGACGCUAAGAGGAGAGGAGUUUAUUCUGGCCAUGCAUCUAGUGGACGUGGCCAAGACCGGACGACCCUUACCACACACACUACCGACAGAUCUAAUUCCACCAUCAGAGAGGGGUUCUGUGAAUGGAACCAGUUUGUCUCUCUAUGCUGGCAUCACAGAAGAACUGGAGGCUGAGCCACCACAGAAAACCAAAAACAACCUGUCGUUUGAGGAUAAGUUCAAGGCCAACCUGGCGCGAGGGAACGUAGAGCUGGAGAAAAGAAGACAGGCUCUGCAGGAUGCACAGAGGAGAGAGGAUGAGAAACGCCAGCAGAAGGAGAGGGAGGAGCGAGAGAGGAGAGAGAGGGAGGUCAAGGAGCAAGAGGAGAGGAUGAGGAAGGAGGAAGAGAGGAGGAUGGAGUGGCAGAGGGAGCUGGAGAGACAGAAAGAGGAGGAGAGGCUGAAGGAGAUGGAGAGAAAAGAGGCGGCGCAGCGUGAGCUGGAGCUCCAGAGGAAGGAGGAGCUGGAGAGGAGGAGGAGAGGAGAGCUGCAGCGCCAGAAGAGUCGGGAACAGGAAGACGUCAGCCAACUAAAGGCCAGGAAGAGGAGUCUGGAGAUGGAGUUAGAGGCUGUGGGUAACAAACACAGACAGAUCUCUGAGCGGCUGUAUGGAUCUCUCCCAGAGUAA